AUGAAGCUCUCUGCCAUCUUCGCUACCACUAUGUUUGCCAUUUCGGCCUACGGUGCCGCCGUAAACACUGAGCAUGAGACGCACACUCUGCAGGCCCGCGCCUGUAACAUCGACGACGUUUGCUUUGGCUCCGGGGGUGGAGAUCUGUGCAAUGACCGCUGCAAGAAGUGCAAGGGCGACAGCGGCUACUACAAGAAGGGCGAGUGUGGUGGAUUGGGCUGGCAGCGCUGCUACUGCUACUACUCCUAG